AUGGUAGGUUCUUUGCCACGGGAUCAGGUCAGUCACUGUAGAAAAUUCCACGGUGCGACGAAUCCAUAUUAUUUUCCCGACAGACUGAUAAUUCCAGGCGCUGUAGCGGCAAAAACGGGAAAAGUUGUGCCGUUAAGUCCACAAGAACUCAUCUCCUGCACCACGAACGCGAACGGCAAUGACGGAUGCAACGGCGGCUACUUGGACUUGGCCUUGAAAUACGUCAAAGAAGAGGGGCUUUCGGCCGCCAAAUCGUCGCCAUUCGUCUCUUCGCGGGGCCGAAUUCCUCAAUGCCAAGUGGGCCGAAAAGUGGGGAAAAUCAAAAAUUACAAACAAAUCCCAAAAAGACGCGAGGACUUGAUGCAAAGGUUUCUCUACAACCAGGGACCGUUGAGUGUUAGUAAGUCGAUUUUUCAGUCGUCUACGCUCGCAAAACGCCCCUUGUUUUAGCCAUUGACGCUCGCCAACUCCGCCAUUACAAGCAUGGGGUUCUUCGGCCGAGGAAACCCGCCGGCGGCUGGCAAAUCAAUCAUGCCGUCACGAUCCUCGGCUACGGCGAGGAAAAGGUGCCGUUUUGGAUUGUGAAGAACUCGUGGGGCACGGAAUGGGGAGAAAAGGGGUUCUUCCGACUACUCAGAGGGCAGAAUUCAUUGGCCAUCGGGCAGGAGAGCUACGUGGCGUUCGUUUCAAACGAAAAUUAA